ACUGAUUUCAUUAAAGCUAAUUCCCUUUCAUUUAUUGAAUAGAAAUAAUGAUAAAUUCAAAGUCAUUUAUAAUCAUUAUUGAUAAUGAUUGCAUAAGAUCUGCUGAAUCAAAUUUAUAGAAAUAGUCUAAUUUUUAUUGUUUGUGGAUCAUUAUCUAUUCAUAAUUGAACUUAUAUAUUAAGAUACUACUAUUCUAAUUGAUAUUUAAAAGACAAGAAUCAUCACUAAGCAAAUUCCUUCUCGGCCGGGUCAAAUGAAUUCAGUUGUAUCAGUCCAGCCUGAUGGUACCCUGAACCAGUCAAACAAAAAACAAUGGGAUGUUGGCUUAUGUGAAUGUAGGUCAAUUAAACUAACAAUUCUCUCGUGUUUCUGUCCUUGCUGUGUUUUCGGAAGCAUCACACAAGAAAUGGAUUACCCUUGGUGUAUUUGCUGCUUGAGUUAUUUGAUAGCGUUAUUUCUUUCGCCUAUCAUAUGGAUACAUGUAUUUUUGGGGUGCAGCUGCCGUAGACGUUUAAGGCAUCAUUAUCGCAUCAAAGGUCAUAUUGUCUCUGACUUUUGUGCUUCUCUUUUGUGCUCCUCAUGUAUGCUAUACCAGUCAGCAGCUCAAAUAGCUAUUGAACGUUACAAGAAAUUGCAACCUGGUGUUCAAAAUCCUUAUACAACAGGAUUAUUUCGUAAAAUCGGUCAUAUGAUAAUUUCGUGUUACAGUAUUCCAAGACGCAUUCGUGAUGAACAUUUAAAUUCCCAAUCACUUCUGACCACGAAUAGUUUGACAUUGAACAACACACAUAUGUUCAAUCCACAACCUGGAUUCAUCAAAACAGUUGAUGUACCAUACACAAGUCAACCAGGGCAAGCAUAUAUUGGCAUGCAGUCGACACAUCUACAAUCACACUCAACCUUACAGGCUCCUCAUUCCCAACUGAUGCCAGAAGCAGUUAUACCUACGACACAAUCAUCAAACGUUUUGGUACACAAAAUUCAAAGCAGCUCACAAUUGCAACAAACUCAGAAUAUACACGAAGAUCCUGUUACUCAAUCAGGGACAGAUGAAUCCGAGUCUAUUAUGCAUAUUUAAUGGAAAUUAUGGAGGUAAACGAAAAUAAAAGCAAAUUGAGACUGAAAAAAUGUUAGCGUUAAAAUUAUCUUAUUGGUUGAACUUUGAAUCAUUAAACAUGUUUGUAAAACUUAUAAUUAGUUUCUAUUUGUACUUAAACAUGGAUAUUUAAUAAAAUAUCUAGCUGGAAGAAA